CGUUUGCAGGCGGAACAGAGGCAGAACUAUGCAGACGGUCCCUUGCCCUGACGGCUCAGUUUUUCCCCCCUCCCCCACUAGCCGAGCUCCUGUUUCACUCAAAGAUGGCGUCAGCUUUGGAGCCUCUGCUCUCUGGCUGCAUUUUUAGUCUUGUUGUUGUCUCCGAUUCGAAGGAUUUCUGGCACGUUCUCCUCGGCAACUCGACACGAAAUUCCGGGUGUGUCGGCUACUAAAGUGCGAUGGGCAUGAAGGUGAUCAGUGCGGGCUGCUUCCUGGGGUGAGAUCUAUGGUUGGUCCCCGACCCGAGAAGCCCUGCCCGCUGAAUAAGAAAAGACAAGGGAUCCCCAACGAUCAUCGUCGUCCUAUCAAUUCCACAGAAACUAAUAUUGCUUUUUCUUCCAUUUUCUCGGCCUCUUUCAUCUGAGAAAAAUAACUUGAAACAAAACGGUGGUUUUCCUGAGAGAGACUCUGGUCAUUGUACCUCUCCCUUGGGAGGAAAAGCCAUUUGAUCACCAGGAGUGAUCCAACGCUUUAGUUGGACGCAUUUUGUCACCGGUGGACGCAGAAACGCUUCAUUGUUGAGCAUAGCUGAAGCUCCAUCCCUGAAACCCCGUUCUCAGCCAGGCUGCGCCGCCUCACCGGGAGAGGCCGGUGGCUGGACCGGCUCGUAACCAUUUAGGCGGGGGUUGUAUCUCGGAAGCUUAUGCUAUGGUGAGCUGCUCCCUACCGUGCUACUCACACUUGGACUCCGAGGCAUUCUCUGCGCGGCCUCAGGACAAGGGCUAGUCGGAAGGUAGUGGCUUCGGGGAGGAGAGAGGAGCAGCCGUAGCGCUAAAGGGUGCAGGCCAGGUCCUCCCUGGGCCUUCAGCCCCCCACCCCUUCCCUUCCCCUUCCCUUCCCCAAAUAAGUUUUUGAAUACAUAUUUUUCUUGUUUGUGGACAUCGCAGUCAGGCCUCAAAGGGGGCCUCUGCGCCCAUCCCCGACUGCAGCCAUGGUGAAGUUAGCUAACCCCACGUACACCACAUGGAUCCUGGAGGCCAUCAAGAAGGUGAAGAAGCAAAAGCAGCGGCCGUCGGAGGAGCGCAUCUGCAAUGCCGUGUCCAUGCUGCACGGGCUGGACCGCAAGACGGUUCUGGAGCAGUUGGAGCUCAGUGUCAAGGAUGGCACUAUCCUCAAAAUCUCCAACAAGGGACUCAACUCCUACAAGGACCCCGAGAACCCAGGGCGCCUGGCCCUGCCCAAGCCCCGUAGUGGGCUUGGAGGUGGUGGUGGCGGGGGCGGGGGCGGGGGCGGGAACAGUAGCGGAGGUGGAGGUAGCUCCUCCCACUCCCAUUCACACUCUCAUUCACACUCCCACAAGAAGCCGGGGCUGGACUGGAACAAGCUGAUCAAGCGGGCCCUGGACGGGCUUCACGAGGCCGGCGGCUCCACCCACAGGAGCGUGGAGCGCUUCCUGAAAUGCCAGGCGGACGUGGCGGCCUACCUGUCGGGCAGCGGCUCCAUCGGGCCGGGCCUCUUCCACCAGCAGCUGAGGGUGGCCCUGAAGCGAGCGGUGGCCCACGGCCGCGUCAAGAAGGAGGGCCCGCUGUUUCGCCUGGUCAGCCGCAGCGGGACCACCUGCGGCCCGAGCGGCCUGCACGAGGACGGGACCGGCACGGUGUCCAUCGACUCACUGCCCCCCGUGCGCCUGCUGCCCCAUGAGAAGGACAAGCCCGUCGCUGAGCCCAUCCCCAUCUGCAGCUUCUGCCUGGGCACCAAGGAGCAGAACCGCGACAAGAAUCCAGAGGAGCUCAUCUCCUGCGCCGACUGCGGAAACAGCGGCCACCCGUCCUGUCUGAAGUUCUCCCCGGAGCUCACGGUCAGGGUCAAAGCCCUCUGGUGGCAGUGCAUCGAGUGCAAGACCUGCAGCAGCUGCCAGGACCAGGGCAAGAACGCGGAGAACAUGUUGUUUUGCGACUCGUGCGACCGCGGCUUCCACAUGGAGUGCUGUGACCCCCCACUCACGAGGAUGCCCAAAGGCAUGUGGAUCUGUCAGAUCUGCCAGCCCAGGAACAAGGGGGGAAGGAAGCUCUUACACGAAAAGGCGGCACAAAUCAAACGGCGCUACAAUGCACCGUUGGGACGUCCUAAAAACAGGCCCGGGAGGCCCUUCAAGAAGCUGGUGGGACGGGGGCGGCGGCGGCGCUCGGCCUCGCCCGACUCGUCGUCCAGCUCGUCGUGCGAGGGUUACCCCGGCGACGACCGGCUGCUGUUCUCCCUGCGCGAGGACAACGAGGACGGCGACAGCGGCAGCCUGCGCUUCAACAAGAAGACCAAGGGGCUGAUCGACGCGCUCACCAAGUUCUUCACGCCGUCGCCGGAGGGCCGCAAGGCGCGGCAGGAGGCGGUGGACUACUCGCAGCAGUGCCGCAUCCGCAAGAAGGCCAACCGCAAGGACGGAGACGACCGGAUGGACAAUCAGGACUGCAGCGACGACGAGAAGCUGCCCGGCCACGAGAACCUGACGGAGAAGGACAUCGAGCUGUUCAGACAUAUCCAGGAGCUGGCUCUGCAGAAAGUGGGUGUGAAGGGCCCACCGGACCCUCAGAUGCGAUGCCCGUCGGUCAUAGAGUUCGGAAAGUACGAGAUCCAGACGUGGUACUCGUCCCCCUACCCCCAAGAGUACAGCAGGCUCCCUAAGCUCUACCUGUGUGAGUUCUGCCUGCGCUACAUGAAGAGCCGCAGCAUUCUCUACCAGCACAUGAGGAAGUGCAGCUGGUUCCACCCGCCCGCCAACGAGAUCUACAGGAAGGACGACGUCUCCGUCUUUGAGGUGGACGGCAACGUGAGCACAAUCUACUGUCAGAACCUGUGUCUGCUGGCCAAGCUGUUUCUGGACCACAAGACCCUGUACUACGACGUGGAGCCCUUCCUCUUCUACGUGCUCACCCAGAACGACAGCAAGGGCUGCCACCUGGUCGGGUACUUCUCCAAGGAGAAGCACUGUCAACAGAAGUACAAUGUGUCCUGCAUCAUGAUCCUCCCCCAGUACCAGCGCCGCGGCUACGGACGCUUCCUCAUCGAUUUCAGCUACCUGCUGUCCAAGCGCGAGGGCCAGCCGGGCUCUCCAGAGAAGCCCCUGUCCGACCUGGGCCGGCUGUCCUACAUGGCCUACUGGCACAGCGUGGUGCUGGAGUGUCUCCACGAGGUGCGCGACCGGCAACUCAGCAUCCGGCAGCUGAGCAAGCUGACGGGCAUCUGCCCGCAGGACAUCACGGCCACCCUGCAGAACCUCACCAUGCUGGAGCAGCGCGGAGACCGGCUGGUGCUGGUGAGGCGGGAGAAGCUGGUGUCCAGCCACAUCAGCCGGCUGAAGGCCCGCCCGCGGCCACUGGACGUGGACCCCGAGUGCCUGCGCUGGACGCCCGUGGUGGUCACCAACACGGUGGUGUCGGACGGCGAGGGGGAGGACCGCGACGACGACGAGGACGAGGAGGUGGAGGAGGAGGCCCGCGAGGAGGUGAAGCCCAGCCACAAGAUCUCUCCUCUCUCCUGGCACAUCCACCAGGAGCGAGGGGGGGACGAGGAGGACGAAGAGGAGGAGGAGAGGAAGUGUUUCCCGGGGUUUCCCAUGAACCACAGCUCCCCUGCCCGCUCCCCGAUCCGCUCCCCGGUCCGCUGCCCACCGCCCCCCGCCGGGCCCGAGUCUCGCCCGCUGCCCCCGGCCAACGGGGAGCGUCGCCCGCGGGGACGGCCCCCCAAGAACUGGCCCUGGGGGAAGGCGAAGGACCGGCCCCGGGUCGGUCGCCCCCCAAAGAACCGGCCGCCGCCGCCACCGCUGAUGGAUGAGGACGAGGAGGAGGAGGAGGAAGAGGAGGAGCUGCGGGAGGCGCGGAGGAAGGGGCCGGGCUUCUCCUCUGGCCCGCCCUCCCUCUUCUCCCUGGAGAACUCGUCGUCCUCAUCCCACCCCCUGGCCGCCGGGCGCCACCCCUCGGCCACGCCGCCGCGCCGAGGGCGCCCGCCCAGGAAAAAGAGGGGCCCCAAGCCACGGCUCAGAGUGGAGCUCCCCGACGACGAUGACGACGACGACGACGAGGAAGACGAGGGCCUGCCCCAGCUGCCCCUGGGGCCCCGGCUCUCGGAGCUGCCCGGCAGGAAGACCUGCUUCAGCGAGAGCAGCGAGGAGGACGACGACGAAGAGGAAGACGACGAUGAGGAGGAUGAGGAGGACGACGAGGACCGGAGGACCAGCUCCCCGCCCGUCCUCUCUAAGCCCGCCCUGGGGCUGAAGUGCAAGAAGCCGCUGAGAAAGCGGCGGAUACGCCGGCAGAGCCACCCCCACAGCAGCGUCGUCACGGAGACCAUCUCGGAGACCACCGAGGUGCUGGACGAGCCCUUCGUGGACUCGGACUCGGAGCGGCCCAUGCCCCGGCUGGAGGAGGAGACCUCGCUGGGACACCCGCUCCGCCGCUACCCCCCUGCCCGCUCCGCCAUGCGGCUCUCGGAGCCCGCCCUGAAGCGAAGCCGGCGCGCCAACCUCUCCGAGUCUGAGGACGACGAGUUGAGGCCCUCGCUGAAACCCAUGGGCGCCCCCGCGUCGGGCCACCCGGAGACCCUGCCCCACGACCCGGAGGUCCCCAUCAAGAAGAAGAAGGGCUGGCCCAAAGGCAAGAGCCGCAAGCCCCUGCACUGGAAGAAGCGGGGGCCCGGCCGCCCCCCGGGCAGCGGGCCCAACCAGCGGCUGGCCGCAGAGGCCCGAGCCGGGGCCCCGCAGCCGCCCAAGAUCAAGAUGAAGCCCGGCCGCAAGCCCCGCAGCUGGUACCUGCAGCGGGCCCAGGAGGAGGCGGAGCGGCAGCUGGGCCGCCUGCAGCCGGUGCCCUACCGGCCCGGCCCGGGCACCGCCGCCCCCGUCGGCCGCCCGCGGCAGAGGGACUCGGACGAGGACGACGACUUCCUGCCCCAGCCCGUGGAGCAGAAGAUCCCCAAGAGGAGGGGCCGGCCGCCCAAGAACCCCGCCCUGCGGCAACAGCCCCCGCCGCCGCCGCCGCCGCCCCCCAAGCCCGCCCCUGUCUCCGAGCCGGAGGAGGACGAUGACGACGAGGACGACGAGGACGACGAGGAAGAGGAGGAGUCGCAGAGGCGCUGGGAGGAGGAGAAGCCCAGCCGCCCGCCGUCCCGCCCCAUGCUGUCCCCGGCCUCCGCCCCCGUCCCCUGCACCCCGGGGCCCAGGGCGCCGCCGCCACGGCCCCAGAACAGGGAGGAGGAGGAGGAGGAGGCGGACGAAGAGGAGGAGGAGAGGGAGGAUGAGGACGAGUGCGCCAACAGGCGCCCCACUGCCAUGCCGGGCUCCGGGAGCCGGCGGAGCGAGGACCACGACGCGGACGACGAAGGCGACGGCCACCUGGAGGACAAGAGCAGCAGCAGCAUCAACAACAACAACAACAACGUCAUCAGCAGCAGCAUCAAGAAGAGGAAGAGCCAGGAGUCCGAGGAGGACGAGGAAGAGGACGAGGAGGACGAGGAGCCGGCGUCCCGAGCCAGCUCUCCGCCCGUCAAGGAGGAGCCCCAGGGCGGGGAGGCUUUUUUAGACACGGAGCACCGCGCCCCACGGGAGUUUGUCAGCAAGCAGGAGGAAGAGGAGGAGGACGAUGAGGAGGAAGAGGCCGAGGAGGAGCCCCAGGAGGCCAAGGGCCGGCCGCCAGCGCCGGCCCCAGCCCCGGCGCCGGCGCCGGACCCCCAGCAGGAGGAGCGGCGGCAGCGGGAGCAGGAGGAGGCGGCCGCCGUGGAGACGGUCACCGGCAUCCCGGUGGCGGCCGAGGCCCCGGAACUCCCGCCGCUGCACCCAGAGGACAAGGCGGUCACCCUGCUGAUGGAGCCCCCCCACGCCCCCCACCACCAGCACCCUGAGUUCAAGGAGGAGCUGGGGCCCCCGCACCACCAGCCGCACCACCACCACCACCACCACUCGCACCAGCACCACCACCAGCAGCAGCACGCCCACCACGCCCACCACGGCCACCACUCCAACGAGCUGGACCUGGAGACGGUGCAGGCGGUGCAGUCCCUGACGCAGGGCGAGGCCCAGGACGAGGAGACGGAGCCCCCGCCGCACCACGGCGCCUACCAGGACUGCGAGGAGACGCUGGCCGCCUGCCGCACCCUGCAGAGCUACAGCCACGCCGGGGAGCCCGAGGACGAGGCGGCGCUCGCCCUGGUGGAGGAGUGCGGCGCCUCGCAGCACAGCAGCCCCCUGCCCAACCCCCCGCCGCUGGCCCCGCCCGGCCAGUCGGCGCGCUCCGUCAACAGCCCCGGCCUGACACCGGGACUGAUGGACGCGGGGUCCGCCGGCCCCAGGGGCGGCACGCCCGGCCCCACCGGGGGCAGCGGCGGCGGAGGAAGCUACGCCCAGAUCACCCCCGAGCACCCCGGCUCGCUGUCGGCGCCCUCGCAGCAGAGCAUGGAGACGUCGCCCAUGAUGGACGUGCCGUCGGUCUCGGACCACUCCCAGCAGGUGGUGGACAGCGGCUUCAGCGACCUGGGCAGCAUCGAGAGCACCACGGAGAACUACGACAACCCCAGCAGCUACGACUCCACCAUGGGGGGCGCCGGGAACGGGGCGGGCAUGUCCGCCGCCGCCGCGGCCGCGGCCGCCGCCUCUUCGUCGGCGGCCUCGUCUUCCUCGGGCUCGGCCACACCCUCCUCCGCCUCCCAGGGCGGCAGCUGCUCCUUCGUCCCCACGCCAGGCCUCGCCCCCUCCGGUUGUGGGCUCGUCCAGCAGGCCGGCUCCAACGCCGGGCCCCAGCCACCGCGCUCCGUCACCCCCGGCUGCGGCAUCAAGUCGCCGCAGAACUGCGUGGUGAUCGAACGGCCGCCCAGCACCAACCAGCAGCAGAAGAAGGUCUCCCAGCAACAGGCCAACUCCCAGCCCUCAGCUCCCACGCCUUCCCAGCAGCAGCAACAACAACAACAGCAACAGCAACAACAGCAGCAACAACAGCAACAACAGCAGCAACAACAACAGCAGCAACAGCAACAGCAGCAGCAGCAGCAGCAGGCGCUGUCCCAGUGCAGCAUGGGAAACGGCUUCGCCUCCACGCCCAUGAUCAUGGAGAUCCCCGAGGGUGGCGGCGGCGGCGGCCGCAGCCUCUACGAGCGCAUGGGGCCGGACUUCAGCGCCGGGGGCUACGCCCAGCCCUCGGCCACCUAUAGCCUGGCCAAGCUGCAGCAGCUCACCAACGGCAUCGUGGACCCCCACCUACCCAUGCCCUACUCGCACGCGGCUUCCGUCACCUCCUACGCCACCAGUGUGUCCCUCUCCAACCCGGGGCUGGCGCCCUCGCCGCACUCCCAGGGCGGGCAGCCCUCCAUGGGCACGGCGGCCAACCUGUCGUCGGGCUCCAUGAACCUGGGCUCGCUGCAGCUCCAGUGCAACAUGGCGCCGGGCAACCUGGGCCUGGCGCCGCCCAGCCACAGCCAGCGGCUGCAGGGGCAGAUGGCGGCGGUGAAGGGCCACAUCGCCAUCCGCUCCAAGGCCACGCAGCAGCUGGCGCCGGCGCCGCACCAGCAGCAGCUGUACGGCCGCAGCUCGGGCGCGGUGAGCAUGCAGGGCACGCCGCGCACCCUGGCCGUGCAGCGCGGCAUGAUGUCCAACCUCAUGCCCACGCCGGGCGCCUACAACUCCAUGAACAUGACGCCGCUCAAUGCCAUGUCGGCCGCCGGCUACCGCAUGCCGCAGCCCAUGAUGAACAGCGGCUACCACGGCAACCCGCCCUACAUGAACCAGCCGGCGCAGUAUCCCAUGCAGAUGCAGAUGGGCAUGAUGGGCGGCCAGGGGUACCCCCAGCAGCCCAUGCAGCCCAAUCACCACGGCAACAUGAUGUACACCGGCCCCUCGCACCACAGCUACGCCGGGGUCCCCAAGCAGUCGCCGUACAUGAGCAGAUGAGCAAGGGGGGGUGGUGGUGGUGGGGGGUUGACCUGACACCCCCG